GAGGAAACGCUGGAGGACUGUUCGGCGCGCGCUUCCGUUGCUAGGAGGCGCUGUUGGAGCCCGGAAGGGUUGGAAGAAAUCAUGACCGUGAUGAUGGUCAAACCGUCAUUAGGAGCACAGCCGCUAAACCAUGCUGCUAAAACCUCCCAUAUUUAGCAUCUCCGCGAGAUUUUUUUGCGUGUAAGACUUCCCGUCGGGGCAAGACGACAGAAGACAGUCGGCCGUUUCCCUGUUUCUGAACUGCAGCUGGGUGACAAGGCUACAUGGUGUGUAUUUCCUGCCCAGAGAGUGGAUGUGUGGUCAUCCAGGGAUGGAGAGCUAUGAGGAGUUCUGUAUGCGGAGUUUGGCCAUGCUGCAGGAGGGGAAACUCAAGAAGAAGAUAUGUGAGCCGCUUUGUUCCCUGAAAACAUGCUCUGUCAUCCGCUUUCAUGGGAGACCUAUACUGUUGCCUUUGCUGCGUGCAGAGCAGCACACAGAGAUGCAUGGCUACAGACAGAGGGCAAUCCAGCUGGAGCAGAACAGAGAGAACCUGCAGAGAAACAAGCUUAUGGACCAAGUUCAAGUCAUUAUGGACCAAGUACAGGUGCAAGAUGUGCCACAUGAGAAAGACAUAAAUCCCCCAGUUUGUAAAUCUGCGACUGUCAGCGGCUACACUUUGGUCACUGACUCACCUGGGCUUCCUAAAGUUCCUGAAUUUAGGUCAAACGCAGUAGAGCCACCUUCUCAUUCUAGCUCUGAAACUCCCAUUGUUAAUGGAUAUAAAGAAGAGAAGGACUUAAAGGUAGACAAUGGAGAGAGAAGUGAAGAUGAAGAGGAGGAUGAUGAGGACAUAAGCUUGGACAGCCUCCUUAAGAGAUCAAGGGAGUACGUGCAACGGGAGCAGAAUCAGCAGAGAUCAUCAGAGAUGGUUGACCCGAUCAGCAAAGCUCCCCCAGCAGAGAGUGUUUCUCUUAAACAGCAGCCAAGAUGUAGCCCCAUCAGGGACUCAGGUGUUGAGUCUGGAUUCAGUCUGCACCACAGCCCAGUUGGCCCAUCUCCAAAGCAGCAGCAGCCUCUGUAUGACCCCAGUCCCCAAAAGUCUGCCCCCCUCUCACCUGUCACACCAGAGCGAUAUGCUCACAUCCCUAGUCCGGAGUCCAGUGUUAGCCCCCGUCCUUGUAGGCGCAAGCCACGGCCAGUUUCUACAGGGAACAUCCACAUCUCGUUUCCUAUUGGCCCUGCAGACCUAAUCGCUCGAAGCCCGGGGAGGGUAGAGGAUGGCGCUGGACGGAUGGACUGGUCAGAGGCUCUCUCAGCUGGUUCCAUCUGCAACUGGGGCGUAGAGGGGAGGGAUAGCAACCGUUGGUCCAGUCACUGUGGUACCAGUCCAGUGCAAGAGAACAACAGCCCUGUGAGUGCCUCUGUUUCCAGCGCCAUGGCACGCCACGAUCAUCUGUCUUUAGGAUUUCGCCGGCGCUGCCACACACUGGACAGCCAGCUAAAUACCUUCCAGUCUGGAGCUGAGCAGGUUGACCGGAGCCAGGAAAGGCUCCCUCGCUUCAUGGCAGGUGUUACAUGGUUUGCUCCAAGUAGGCACACCCCUGCUGCCCCUUUAAACCAAUCAUACAAAGUAGAAAGCCCUUCUCCGUGUCUGCUGAGGCCUCGUGGGAGUCCAGAUGAGCCUCGAGUGCCGAACAACAGCAAGAAAACACCAGUUGUCCUGAAAAAUACUACUGAGUUACAAGCCAAGCCAGAGGAGACGCAGUGGCGAGCCCAGGCUCUGGAAGAUAUGCAAAGGCGUUUAGAGGAGGAACAUGCCCUGCAGAUGUCCAUCCUCCUAGCUGAGCAGGAAAAGGAGCAACAGCGCCUUCAUCUGGAGCUCGAGGAGACAGAGAAAAGACUGAAGAGGCACGAAUGUGAGAGGCCAAGAAGUGGGGACACAUUUGACUGGAGCCAUAGGUCUGUGAGUGGCAGCUGUCCCAUUAUGAGCCCCUCCUGUCCUGGACUGAGCCCCAUUCACACAUCAGAGCGAACGUCUGGGCACACUUUAGGUUUUCCCAGUGCAGUUCCUGCUAGUGUGAUGACUCCCCCCGUCCAGCCUGCUGCUUAUCUGUGGGGCUCUUCACGGACAGCAAGCAAAUCCCGGGCGAGGCUAAGUCUGGUUCUAACAGCAGAGCAUCAUAAGGCUUUUUGUAAAAUUGGUGCCAUGAUUCGUGGCUUCCUCGUACGCAGGCUGCUCAAAACAGAGAAGUUGAAACACCUGUGCCAAACCGUUGUGGAUACGCAAGAAUUCAUUCAGUCAUUUGAAACUGAAGCUGCACAGAAGAGAGGACCCUACACAGCACAAGAUCUCUCCCUGCAGGAGCGAGUCCGAGCCCAGCUACGUGCAGCCUUGUAUGACAUCCAUGAGAUCUUCUUUGAAAUACCUUUGAGGGACCGACUGGCCCUUCUGCAACAGGACAGGGAGCUGCGCGCAGAGAGGAAGCUUCGAGAUCUGGAGAAAGCCAAGACCCCCAAAGACAGAAUGUCUCUCUCUGCUGCUACACAGAGGUCUCUGGACAGGAAGAAGAAGGUCAGCAAAUCGUCAGCAGUGGCCAGGAAGGUGCAGCAUAAGCCAAAAAGCCCAACUACCAACAACAGAGUUCAAAAGUCAAGUCAGGGACAGACGUCUUCUACUCCAGGCCAGCUUAACCGCCAGGGGAGCUGGUACAGAAAGACUCCAGAAGAGAGAGUGAGGCGCUUGGACACCUUGAAGAAGCAGCACUCUUUGAGUUAACAAACACAUUAAUGCCUGAUGAUCUGCUAACUUGAAUUUUUAAGAUAUUUUAUGAGAUAUAUUGUACAAGUGAAGCCACUACUGUCAGCGCUGCUAAAUUUCACUCCUGUCUGUGUUCACCAUCUCACUGUAAUGCCCAUUUGUAAUACAAUCUUAUUGUUCACAUUUGUUGUUAACUGCUGAUGCUGUCUUUUUUUUUUUCCAACAAAUGAUUGUAAAACAAGAAUGUAAUGUAUGUUGAGGAAUUUUAUAAGCAGGCUAGUAUUUAAGAUAGAGAAAGGCAGCUGCUCAAUGGCUGAAAGUUAGUCAGAGCCAAAACACUAAAAGUCAGAAAUCUAUCUGUGCCUCAGAACUACACCUUGCUGCCAGCAUGUUUAUUCUCUACUAUCUCCUGUGAUCAUAAAGACUAAGUGCUCAUGAUGGUAAGAUUUUUUUCUACAAAUAUCAGUUUCAUGAUAAAAUGCUUAUCUUAAAAGUUAUAGUACACAGAGCCUUGCAAAUCCAUUCAUAUCUUGACUUUACCAGUAUGCACCUAAUAGCCACAGACUGAAAUGUUUGUAUUGGGAUUUUACAUGGUAGGCUGACAAAAACUGGUGCAUAAUUGUGAAAUUACAAAACCACUUACGGGUUUUAAAUCUUUUUAAAAGCAUCUACAGGCUCUCAUCAACUUUGACCAGUUCUUCCACCCCUGCCAAAACAAAAUCAUUCCCACAUCAUUACUCUUGUUAACAUUUGACUAGAACAACUACUCCCACAUCUCUGCUGUAUUCCAUACUUGGCUUACAUAAACUGAUGUUUUUUAUUUCAAAAGUGGAUUUCUUUUGGCCUCUCCAGUUAUUGUGGAGUGCACAACUAAUAGUUGUCCUGUAAGGGUACUCCUCCAACUGAGCUAUGGAUCUGUGCAGCUCCUCUAGAGUCACUAUGAGCCUCCUGGGUUGUUUUAGUAUUGCCGUCCUUGCCUGGUCUGCAGUUUUCUCACACUCUCUUCAUUUUUAGAUGAUGGAUUGAACAAUUCUCCAUAAAAUGGAGAUAAUGCUAAGAUAAUGUUCUUCAGAUAAUGUUCCUCCAGUGUUCUUUAACAAACAUCUGACACCUUCACAGAACAGCUGGAUUUCUACUAAACUAAACUAAACACAGGUUGACUUGUUCUCACUAUAUAUGAAUUCUAUAUAUAUUUGUUUCAGGGAAUUUCACUUUGGCCUGGAGUGAAGAGUGCAAAGAGUACAGUACAGAUUCAUAUUGUGCUAUAUAAAUAAUUUGAAUUUAAUUAAUGCAGAAAAACUUGUAAUAGUGUAGGUGAAAUGAAACAAAAGCAAAAAUGUGGAACUUGGAUAUUUGGCCAGGGUUCAACCUGACUUUAGAUAUAAGGAGAAGACAUCUUAGUUAUGUGGGCAAAAAAGUAUUAUUGGAGGAGAAUGGUGCAAGGAUGCAAGUAUAGAAUGAGAGGAUUUUACACAUAAUCUUUCCAAAAUGUAACUAUUUUAUAAGUCUAUUUACAGUAAAUAUUGAACACUAUAUUUUGUGUUUCUUUCACUCAGUAAUUUUGCACUAAUUUGUGUUUGUCACAUAAAAUCUCAGUAAAAUACCGAAAUGUGUGUGUUUUGCACGUGAAAAUGUGACAUGAAUAAUUUUGCAAGGCACUGUUGAUGUGUGUUUAAUUAAAAGAUUUGUUGAAGGGCUUUGAGUAACUUUCUGUGCUUUCUGAGCUCAUGGUGCUGAGUGUACUCUGAGACAUUUCUGUGUCUCACUGCUUAUCUCAAAGUCUACACUGCUGUGGUAUUUUAUUGUAAUUUGAAAAUGCACAAUAAAAGUUUUUU